UCCCCCGCCCCCAGCCUAUCAUCAAUCAAACACAGAGCCUCCUCCUGCUUUCCACUCGCCCCCUUUCGCUCUCUGUUUCCAAAAAAACAGCCGAUCUAUCCAUGGCAGUUCUUUUAAGAAACCCUAAAACCAUAACAAGAACAACAACAUGUUCAAUAAAACCACUCUCUUCCUGUAUUUCUCGAAGUUUUUCCUCAACUACGUUGAAUUCCGAAACUGACCUCAAAGUACCUUCUUUUUUUUCUUGCAUUUCCCCCCCUCUCCGUCAAGAACCUAAGGACAGAAAUGUACAAUGGGUGUUUCUUGGCUGUCCUGGUGUAGGUAAAGGCACCUAUGCUUCCCGGCUUUCCAAUCUUCUCGGUAUUCCUCACAUCGCCACCGGUGAUCUGGUCCGCGAGGAGCUCAAUUCCUCUGGCACACUUUCCUCCCAGCUUAAGGAGAUUGUGAAUCAAGGGAAAUUGGUUUCUGAUGAGAUUAUUAUAAGCUUAUUGUCGAAACGUCUUGAAGCUGGAGAAGCUAAGGGUGAGUCUGGUUUCAUUCUUGAUGGUUUCCCUCGAACUAUUAGACAAGCGGAAAUUUUAGAGGGAGUAACAGACAUUGACUUGGUGGUGAACCUAAAGCUUCGAGAAGAAGCUCUGCUUGCAAAAUGCCUUGGGAGAAGGAUUUGUAGUCAGUGUGGAGGAAAUUACAACAUUGCUUCCAUUGACAUCAAGGGUGAGAAUGGGAAGCCUGGAAUUUACAUGGCUCCACUUCCAGCUCCUCCACAAUGUGUACCGAACCUUAUCCAACGAGCUGAUGAUACCAAAGAAGUUGUGAAGGAGCGACUUCGUAUUUACAAUGAAAUGAGUCGACCUGUUGAGGAGUUCUACCGCAAUCGUGGGAAGUUGUUGGAGUUUGAUCUUCCUGGAGGAAUUCCAGAAUCCUGGCCAAAGCUGCUGGAAGCUCUGAAUCUUGACCACGAGGAUAAAUGCACUGCAGCAGCAUGAACUCCUGUAGUUCUGUAAGAUAUUCUCAAGGUGGUUUCUAUGUUGAGGAUGAAUUAUAUACAGUAUUAUGAUUUAGUUUCCCGUUUAGGUAUUCCAAGUCUCUUCCUCCUUUCUACCACUGGUGGAAGGAUGACGCAAAAAUAAAGCUGGAUGGAGCCAGAUUAUCGCCAUGGUAACGUGUGCUAGGAUAUUGUAAAUGUUCAACAGGAGGAUCAAAAUCCAUUACAUCAAAUGUUCUGAAUCAGAUAAAAACUUUAUAGAGUCAUUUUGGGUUGGAUGCCUA